AUUAAAAUGUCAGAUUCUGAUGUACAUUUGAUAUCCCUUGAUGGGAAUAGUGAGAGUGAAACUGAAUCAAAAGGAAAACCAACAAAACGUAAGGCAGUCUCUAAAUAUAGUUCACCAAUGAAAUCAAAAUUGAAUUUAUCUAAAAACGCAGAUAGCAAAGUAGUUCAGGCCAGCGGGUACAUAAAUUCUGCACUUAAAGAUAUCAAGGAACUCAGUAUCCUAAUUUCAAACCGCUGUGAGAAACUUUGUACCAAAAGUAUACAGUCAAGUGAUGAUGUUAUUAGUGUAUGUAACAAGUUACAGCAGUUAAUGACAGGUGUUCAUACAAAUUUGGGACUGAUAGAAAAAGGUUUGAAUACUAAGAUAAGUAAUUGGCAAGAGGUAAAACUGGAAGAUAAGAACAUUUCUGAGGAAAAUGUAUCUGAAGUAAAAUCUGUAGAUAACCAAGAACAUACUGAAGGUAGUAGCACAUUAGAAGGAGAACAAAUUAAUGAUGAAGAAGAUUCCAGUAUUGAUAAAAGUCCAGAUGAUAUAGAAGAGCUUAAAAUAACAGAAGGUAGUGCCAGUCUUCAAAUGGGGAACAGUGAAAAUCCAGAAGAAGAAAUGGAGGUUGAUGACAACAAUGAAGAGAGAAUGACAGAUCAAGUUGAAAAUGAGAAAGAACAAAAUUUAAAUGAAAAGACUGAUAGUGAGUUAGACAAUAAAAAUGAUGAGAAAGAACAUAUUGAAGAACCUGUUGAAAAUAUUUCAGACACUUCAGAAAAGACUAACAGCGAGGACAAAGAAUCUGAUACUGAAAAAGAUGAUAAACAGGUUGAAAUUACUGAAGAAAACGAUGAAAAUGAAAUUUCAUCGCCAGAAAAAGUAGAAGAUGUGAAAGACAGUAGCAAGGAAGAUGAAGAUACUGAGGAAAGCAUAACCAAUAAUAAAAAUGAGUCUGUUGAUAAAAUUGAAGAGGAAGAAACUGUUGAAGAGACUGAGAACAAACCAGAAAAUAGUGAAAAUACUACAGAAAACAGUAAUGAAUCUCAAAAUAAUAAAUUGGAUGUUAUAGAAGAAAAGAAUGAAAUUAGGGAAAAAGAAAAGGAAAAUGUGGCUAAUGAAACGGCUUUUCCUAGUUGUGGCUCUGAGAGUCUUGAUGUAUAUAAUAGUGAAAGUGUAGAUUCUGUAUCAAGACAGUCGGGUGCUAUAGUUGUAAGUAAAUCACAAGAUAAUGGAUUGGGUGACACUAAAAAAUCAAGUGACGAAGGAGUAUUGGGAGAUGUUUUCAGUGAAGAACGGACAAAUGAUAAAAAGAAAGAAGAAAAUGUGUCACCAGAAGUAAUGGAUGUAGAUACUGGAGAAAAUGAAAGUACCACAGGAAGUGACAAACCUGCCAUUCUAGAAGACAAUACACCCACAGCCAGUCAGUCAGAAGAAAGAGGAGAAAGUGAAGAACUCAAGAAUGGUACAGCUGACGAUGAGAAAGUAGAUACAGAAAAGAAGGAGGACAAGUCAAAGGAGAUAGAGUCAACAGAACAGAGAAGUACAGAAAAGAGAGAAGAGAACAGAAUAAGAACUCCGAGCGAUGAGCACAAGUCAAGUGGCAGUCCUCACACAGACCCAUCCCGAAGGCUGUCAGGGGACAGAGACAGGGAGAGGGAACGAGGGGGAGGUGGCAGGUAUUCCCAGGAGCAGCGUUGGUCUGGAGACCGUGGUGGAUCCUGGAACCGUGAUCGUGACCGUUACCAGGAUCGUGGCUGGUCCGGUCGAGGGGGCUCGUGGAAUCGCUACGAAGACAGGCGGCCAAAUCGUGGCGGUUGGGGAUGGAACCGUUAACAAGUGUGAUUGGAGGUGGUGAGCAGUUCAGGCAGUGUAAAUAUUUUGAAAUGUUGUACAGUGGAACUUUUUUAUUAUAGUUGUAAGAUAGGUAUAGAUUCGUGAACUUGUACACAUCGUGGUGAGUCAUAAUUUGCUGUCAUGGUCAGUGUUGGGUUACUUGUUUUACUGCUUUGUCGACAGCUAAGCGAAAAACAAUAGGGAGGUUUUUAGAAAAGCUGUGAAGAGUAUUGAUUCAAGAAAAGUCAUCCAUUAGGAUACACAGUUAUUUUAUAAUGCCCUCUCUGAAAACUUGGAAAACAUAAAUGAAUGUUUGUAAGGAGUUGUGGGUUUCUUUGGUAUGAAACAGUCUCAUUAUAUUUUUAUUUUGUUUUGAAUUAAAUUAACCCUAUGUA